CAUUUCCUCUCUCCGAAUAAAACCAGAAAAUCAAAGACGCGAGAGAGAGAGUUGAAACAAAAAAAUAAGAAAGAAAAAAAAAAAAAAAAAAAAAAAAAAAAAGGAAGAGAGAGAGUGAGAGAGAAUAUAGAGUGAGAGACUGGGGAGGGAGGGAGCGCUCGGAGGUGUGAGAUUCGGGGGUGUGUGAGUUGCUGAUAUAUAUAAAUAUAUAUAUAUAUAUAUAUGUAGAUAUAUAAAUGUAUAGAGAGAGAGAUCGGAAGGGCAGCGGAGAAGAUGAGCACUUAAUGGUUGUAUAAUUACAAUCAGGGUGGUCCUCUUUGUGAUAAAAUCGAGACACGAGGCAUUGCAUUGAUUGUUCAUUAGUUUUUUCCCGCAUUUUCCGAUAAAUUUUGGCAUCAUGUUGGAGGGUCCAGCAUAUCUGAUCUCGCGGGAAUUGCCAAGUUCAUGCGAGCAUGAGAGCAAGUGGAUUUACAAUGCAUUUCGUGUCAUUGAACUAUCAAAUGGUAAGCGCCGUUUGGAAGAGGGAAAAGACUCCUUGAAGAAGUCAUCCAAGCAGUCAGAUGCCCUAGAAAGAGAGGAAACAUUGCAGGGUCUUCAUGAUCUCUCUCUUUCUCAAGUCAAUCAAUCAGAUAACCAGCAUCAGAAUGGGGAUCGCUCGGAUUCAAGUUCACUUAUCCACCAAAUUGGCCGGGACAUUUCAAUUAAUUGCCUACUUCGUUGCUCACGGUCGGACUAUGGCUCAAUUGCCUCAUUAAAUCGGAGCUUUCGGUCUCUUAUCCGGACUGGGGAGCUUUAUAGGUUGAGGCGGCAGAUGGGUAUAGUUGAACAUUGGGUCUACUUCUCUUGCAACCUUCUUGAGUGGGAGGCCUUUGAUCCUAUCUGCCGUCGGUGGAUGCAUUUACCUAGAAUGACAUCAAAUGAAUGCUUCAUGUGUUCAGACAAGGAAUCUCUGGCUGUUGGUACCGAACUUCUUGUAUUUGGAAAGGAAAUAAUGUCUCAUGUAAUUUACAGAUAUAGCAUAUUGACAAACUCAUGGUCAUCUGGUAUCCAGAUGAACACCCCCAGGUGCUUGUUUGGUUCUGCUAGUCUUGGAGAAAUUGCAAUUCUAGCAGGCGGUUGUGAUCCACAGGGCAAUAUCUUGAACUCAGCAGAGCUUUAUAAUUCAGACACUGGAACAUGGGUGUCUCUCCCACCCAUGAAUAAACCGAGGAAAAUGUGCUCUGGGGUGUUUAUGGAUAGGAAGUUCUAUGUUAUUGGGGGGAUUGGUGUAGGCAAUUCAAAUUUGCUUACGUGUGGGGAAGUGUAUAAUUUGGAUACGAGGACUUGGCGCGAGAUUCCUAAUAUGUUCCCUGCACGGAAUGGAGAUGAUGGGAUGACUGAGGCACCUGCUACAGCCAAGGCACCUCCUCUGGUGGCAGUUGUAAAAAAUGAGCUAUAUGCGGCUUAUUAUGCAGAAAAGGAAGUGAGAAAAUAUGAUAAGGAAAGGAAUUUGUGGAUUACAGUGGGGAGAUUACCGGAAAGGGCAGUCUCAAUGAAUGGUUGGGGGCUAGCCUUUAGGGCCUGCGGAGACAGGCUUAUUGUUAUUGGCGGUCCUAGAGCUUUAGGUGGAGGGAUCAUAGAGCUUAAUUCUUGGGUACCAGAUGAAGGCCCACCGCAGUGGACUUUGCUGGCUAGCAAGCAUUCAGGAAGCUUUGUCUAUAAUUGUGCCGUGAUGGGGUGCUGAGGUGUCUGAUUUUGGUGACACUGUCUCCACUGUGCAGAUUACUUUCUGAAUGAGAGUUCCAACUUUGCUUUCUCAAUGAGAUAGGAUUCUGGCUAGUGGGUAAUCUCUGCCUUCCUUUGUUUUUCUCUUCUUUUGGGGGGGAAAUUUAAGAUUUUACUCAAGAUUCAUAAAUAUUUACUUGGAGGAAGUGUGGAGAUUUCUCUGUCUUUUAUUUAUGAUGUCCUAUUGGUUUGCAUCUUCACCCAUUUAGUUACCAUUUGAGCUCUUCAAGGUUUCUAUCAUGUUGACACAUAGGUUAAUAAUUUGAAGUACCGAUGCAUUUUAGGUUUUAUGAAUAUUUGCAAAAGCUUUAUUGAAGCAUCAUUUGAACUGUUCAGAGGGAUCAUGCUUCUCAGUUGCCUGGAUUUUCCUUGAUGAGAUCCAAUUGGCCAGUUUCCUUAUUUUAUUUUAUGACUGAUGCUUAUUUACCCGUUAUAUGUAUUUCUAGUUUAGGGUUCUUAUUUGAUGGAUCUUUUCUUCAUAAAUUGUGCUAUAGCAUUUUCAAUAAUACUAUUUGCUGUUCACAAUUA